CAAGUCUCCACACCCCAACGACUCUUUGAAGUCUUCGUCGAUAAAAAUUCUUCCCAAUACUCCUAUUGGUAUAAUAUCUUUUCGGGCAUCAUCAGCGUCACCAUGUCUACUACCACUACUGAUGCUUUGAAUGCGGCGGUCGCCGCCAUGAAUCAAGGCCGCGUUUUUGACGUGACGAUUGUCUGCACCACGGACGAUCACCAAGCCGCCUAUUGGAUGGACCGUUUGGCGGCGGGCGUGUGUCGUCGCCCGGAUCAAUCCGCCACUUCCGCCAGCAAUCCCUACCCCAUGGUCUUGGCCGUCAGCGAAGACUGGAACGCCCCAGGAGGCGCCGGUAACGGACUCGGAACACUCUACGCUUUUGAAAAGGCCAACGCCCUGGCGCAGCAACACUACAGCGUCAAUUUGGCUGGAGCUCUGGCCGCCGGGGAGAUCUCGGCCGCGCUCUAUCAUACGGCUGGGAAAGGGACCCGACUUGCACCCUUACCGGCUUCGGAAAACAACAACAAACCUGGUGUGAAACUACCCUUUGGAUUGCAACUUAGCGACGGAUCCUACCAGCCUUUGACUGUCCUAGAGGCCGUCGUUAAGCAAACCGGUAUUUACGCAAAGGCCCGUAAAGGUCGUCUUUCCGUUUACUGGGGUGACCAGGUCUUUUUGCCUUCUCAGCCAUUUGACUCGGCGCCUACCCACCACAUCGAUAUUAUGUGCACCUUGCUCGGUGAUCAGGCACCGACGGCGGAAGAGUGGACCGCUCAGGGCUUGGAAAAGUACGGCGUCAUCGCUUGCAUUCAAACAGCCGAAAAUCGAGUUGACGCUGCCCAAGUGGAAAAGGUUUCCCACGCCACGGCCACCGCCAUGCUCGACAAGCUCGGAAAAAUUCGACAAGUUGGUCCCUCCCUGGGUAGUUUCUCCGUUAGUGCCAUGAUUUUGCAAGCGCUCUGCGCGGAAUUCACCCCUGAGCUGGCGGAGAAAACCGGCAAACUCGACACGGAUCCCCAUUUUUGGAUGCCCCUCACCUUGUCCUCCGAAGACUACCUCGCGUUGAUGGAGCAAAAGGGUACAGACAACGUCACUGCCAAGGCUCAUUAUGACCGCAUGGCCGCCAUGAAGGACAAACUGGACUUGGGCGACAAGAUGGGGCUCUUUGGCGCCGUGGAUGUUGGCAAAGACGCGUGUUGGUGGGACUACGGACUCGUCAAGCUGUAUUCCAAAAAUACACUCGUUUUGUUGGAAGACUCGCCGUCGGCCACGCUACUCAAAAAGUUUUUGGGAUUGGCUCCAGAUGCCCACGUUAUUGAUUCCACCGUACGCGAAGAAGUCGCGUUGGACGCGAAUUCCUUUGUCUUUGGCAGUAAGGUGGCUGCCGGGUCGAUUCAAAACUCCCUUCUUGCCUCCUCACAAGCGGCAGAGAUUACCGCCGAUGGGGCUAUUAUUGUCAAUUGCGUGGCUCGUAAGAUUACGGCUGGUCCGGGUGCGAUUCUGUACAAUAUAAUGGACCAAUCGGAAGCGGGUAUUGUGGCCGGCGCGGGAGAUAUUCAAGUCGCCGUUACGGACGAGACGGGCCACGCUAAAAUUCUCAAAUCCCGAAUGGAUGUGGAUGGAGGUCAAGCCUGGAAGAUCCAGUUGCCCCAGAACGAUGUUACCUUUGAACAGGUACACCAGCAGAACCAGAACGCCAAUAUCCAGGUGAUUCAGGCGCUUCGACAGGCCAAGUUUGAGGAAAUUGCCCAGACCUUGGAAUUUUAGGACAGAGCAGCGAAUCGUUUGAUACUAUUUGAACACGCCUUAAAUACUUCU